AACACGUCGGAUGUGCACAUGGCUUCUGCUGGAUUUUACACAAAUAUGUUCCUACGAGAGUGUUGUUGAAUGUACUGAGUUGUAGUGAUACAAUAUUUACGUUCGGAGGACUAAAUCCGCCGAAGAUGCGGAGGAUGAUCGGAGGAAGCAGGCCGAUCGGCACCAAAUUGUUGUAUUUCUUAGCGGUAUUCGGUCUGCUAGCAUUGUCACCGUCAGCUCAAGGUUGUAAUUCUGAGCAAUUUCAGUGUGACGAUGGAACAUGUAUCGAAAAGAGCUGGCGGUGCGAUGGUUCACCGGAUUGUAUGGACGAGAGCGAUGAGGCAAAUUGUCCUGUUUCUACAAGGAAAAAAAGAUUUUCCACAGAAGGGGCUGGUAUAUCUCCGGACAGCCUGCUGCCCUGUUUGCCAAAUUAUAAACGAUGUCCCGACGAGGAGGUCUGCAUUCCAAUUUAUAAAUUCUGUGAUAAUGAAAGAGACUGUAAAUCAAAUGGAGAUGAGGAAGGAUGUUCAGAUUCCGUUGCUAACUGUGAUAGUAAAAAUUGUACGUUUGCCUGUCGGAACACCCCGCAGGGCCCUGAAUGUUAUUGUCCGGACGGUAAACAACCUAACGGGACCGAGUGUAUAAAUAUAGAUCCGUGUAGCUACCCCCUAUAUUGUGAUCAACAGUGCCGAUCAAAAACAUCCGGCUCCUUCUCCUGUGGAUGCGCAAAAGGCUACGAUUUUGUGGACGGAAAAGUCUGCAUAGCUAUUAAUGUACCCUCAAAUUUGGAGCCUACACUUCUAGUCGCAGACUUCAUGAGGUUCCAACAGGUGGCACUGAGUGGGAAGUCCCUCACACCUCCUGUGGUAGCCGCGGGUCAGGCUAUCACAACACUUGACUUCAACCACAGAAAGCAGUUUGCAUGCUGGCUGUCCUACCGACUGGAUCAGAAGAUAUCUGUGAUGGAGUGCCUCAACCUCACCAACACCGCCCAGACCUGGAUCAUGAAGUCUGAUGUAUCAUUUGAUAACGUGGUGCAGAUCGCCUUUGACUGGAUCACGGAGAACUGGUACGUGGCCGACAGACUGAAGGAGAGAAUCGUCCUGUGUAACGCCACGAUGAAUCUCUGUCGUAUGGUGCUGGAGUUGCCAGAACAGGAAAUCUUCAGCAUUCGUGUGGACCCUACGGCUGGUUACCUGUUUGUCCUGACCAAGUCAAGCAUUAUCCGCACCCAGAUGGAUGGAUCGGAUCCGCAGGUGAUUCACCAAGGCAGCAAGGCAGACAUGGAGCGACCCCAGGAUAUGACCCUCGACUUCCCUAACAGGCACCUCUACUGGACUGACAUCAAACUCAAAGGCAUCAAGCGCAUGGAUUAUGACGGGCAGAACGUUUGGAUAGUAUUCAGCCGACUUCGGCCCACGAUAUACGGGAAUGUGAUCAAGGGUUUGGGCAUCUCGCUCCUACAGAACACGUUGUACAUGACAAGUUCAGAAUCGCUGUGGGCUGUUCACCGCUACAACUACAACCAGGGGCCACAUCUCCUCACCCGAGACCUUGAGUAUCCGUCCCAAGUGCACGUCUAUCACCGCGUACGACAGCCCGAUCUCCCAGAUUCUCAAACAUCUCCGUGUACACCAAGUACAUGUGAUCAUCUGUGUGUGGUCCUCAUGAACGGAACAAUACCUACGGCCAGGUGUCUAUGUGCAGCAGGAUAUGACAUGAACGAAAACAAUACGUGUAUAGUUAAUGAAACCUGUCCUACUGAUCCGAACUGUCAGGGUAUUGUGUGUAGCUGGCCGGUCCAAUGUAAUAUAUCCACGCCAUGCAUGAGUGGUUACAUGAGGUGCCCAAAGGGGAGCUGUGUUCCCGAGUCGUGGUGGUGUGACGGGGACGAUGACUGUAACCACGCACAGGACCCGAAAAUGGACAUGGCCGACGAAAAGUUCUGUGGUCAGAGGACCUGCUCCGUGGAGGAAUUUCGCUGUAAAGACGGGACAUGCAUGCCACGCGAGUUUCAGUGUGAUGGAUAUCCGCAAUGUGAGGACAACUCGGACGAGCACGGGUGUCACAAUCCCCUCCCUGCCGUUUGUGACAACGACAAGUUUCGCUGCUCCAACGGCUCCUGUCUGGCCAUGGCACUGCUGUGUAACAACGUCAGUGACUGUCCGGAUGGCUCCGACGAGAUGCAUUGUGAGGAGUGUGAACCUGGUAGUUUUAGAUGUAUGAAUGGUGAGUGUAUUCCCGGGGCAGGCCGAUGUGACGGCAAGAGUGACUGCCAGGACAAGUCGGACGAGACAUUACAAUGCUCUAAUGGCGCAAAUGCCACGUACCACCAGUGUAAGAACGCUUCAAAUCAGUUUAACUGCGGAGCGAUCAGUGGGGAGAAGCGUUGUAUCCCGUCCAGCUGGAAAUGUGACAAUGAGUAUGACUGUCAGGAUAAAUCGGACGAAAUGAACUGCACGGGGAAAUGUGAGGCUCCACACUUCAUGUGCAAGAACAACCAGACUUGUCUGCCAUUUGAGAAGAUCUGUAACGGCAUACCCGACUGUACUGACCAAUCUGACGAGGAAAAUUGUAAAAGCUGUGAUGUCUGGGGUGUGUGUAGCCAGGUUUGUACACCCCUUCCUCUAAACAAACACAACUGUUCCUGUCUCCACGGUUAUCAGAUCAAGUCAGACGGCUAUUCAUGUAAACCAAUAGGUGGGGAGCCUGUGUACAUCAUCUUCUCUAACCAGCAUCAGAUGCGGCGGGUAGAGCUGACGAACUACACGUAUGCCUCCCUCGUCUCCGGCCUCAAGAACACCAUUGCCCUGGACUUCUACUAUGCAGGGAACGCCAUCUUCUGGACCGACGUCGUCGACGACAAAAUCUUCCGCGGCACCAUGCUGGGAAACAGUACGUUUGCCACGUUGGUUCCGGAAGAUGAGGACAUGGUUCCCAUGACGGCGGGAGAGAGCCUUACAAACAUCGAGCCGAUCAUUGACGUCGGCCUAGCAACCACAGAAGGGUUGGCGAUCGAUUGGAUUGGUCAGAACAUCUACUGGGUGGAAAGUAACCUUGACCAGAUAGAAGUGGCCAAACUGGACGGUAGUUACCGCACAACAUUUAUAGCAGGAGGCAUGGUCAGUCCUCGUGCCAUAGUACUGGACCCCAGGAAAGGGUCACUGUUUUGGACAGACUGGGAUUCUGAUAACCCAAGGAUUGAGACGUGUUCGAUGAGUGGACAGGAGCGCAAGGUCAUCUUCAAUAUACAGUCAAUCAUGGGAGCAGGCUGGCCCAAUGGGCUAACCAUAGAUUACGAUUUCAAUAGGCUUUACUGGAUAGAUGCCAGGUCUGAUUCCAUCCAUACCAUUAAAUACGAUGGUUCUGACCACCGCCUCAUCCUUAAGGGACAUGAGAAGAUGAGACAUCCGUUUGCUCUGACACUGUUUGGAAACUAUGUUUACUGGACCGACUGGAGUAGCAGUGCUCUUCUGAGGGCCAACAAAUUUAACGGCUCGGACGUAACGGUGAUACAGAAGACUGUUUCGCAGCCUUUCGACCUUCAGGUGUAUCACCCGAUGCGACAGCCGAUGGUGAAGAAUCCUUGUGGCGAUAACAACGGCAACUGUUCUCACCUGUGUCUGAUUGGCUACAACCAGACCGCCUCCUGUAUGUGCCCCCACCUUUACAAACUCGCAAAGGACAAUCACACAUGUGAAAAUGACCACACCUUCCUACUGUUUGUGAAGACGAGCGAGAUCAGAGGGGUAGAUUUACUGGAUGCUAACUACAAUGUGAUUCCGACCAUCACAAUCCCCAACGUGGACAAGCCCACAGCUAUAGACUACGACCUGGAGGCUGAGCGUCUGUACUGGUCGGACAGUUCACUGAACCUCAUCAACAGCGCCUACAUCAACGGGUCAGGGGUCGAGACCAUCAUUGACUCGGGAAUUUCCAGCCCCCAGGGAUUUGCCAUAGACUGGUUAUCCAAGAAUAUGUACUUUUCAUCUCUGCCCUCCGGAGGACAGGAUCAGAAGGCCAGCAUCUCUGUCGCAAAAUUGAACGGAGCAUUCCGCGUAGAAAUUCCACUGGAUAUCAUCGGCAACAACCCCAGGUCUCUGGCGGUGCUGCCUACUGAAGGGUUACUGUUCUGGGCUGACCAAACACUCGGGACUGGAUCCUUCAUCAUCUGUCGAUCCAAGAUGGAUGGCUCGGACAGCAGAAUCAUCAGUCAACCCCAGCAUCCAGUCAAUCUACAGGUAGACCCUGGUGCACAGAAGCGUCUGUAUUGGAUAGAAUUGGGAGGAAAAGUGGUGCACAUGUCAGACAUUGACGGAAGAAACGAAAAACAACUCACGAACUCAAAGUUACAAAGACUUCAAGCGUUUACGAUCCACAAGGACAAUACCUUCUAUGUUGCCCAGACGACGGGUGAAAUUGGCAUGUUUACGAUAACAAAUGAAACGGAGCUAGGAAUUAAGUACCGUGAGCUCCGAGACAAAACACAAGGCGUGACUGCUCUCAAGGUGUUUGACAACACAAGUCGCAGUGAGGGGACGAAUGGUUGUUCAAAUAACACCUGUGCGCAGCUGUGUCUUCCAACAGGAAAAAAGACCCAUAUCUGUAAAUGUACUGCGGGAUAUCACAUCAACGGCACCAAGUGCACAAGUAUCGACUCCUUCCUGAUGUAUUCGUCAAGUAGCGAAAUCCACGGAAUAUCCUUCAACCUUACCAACAACGUGACUAAAGCUCUUCCUCUUAUCUCAAAAAUAUCUAAAGCAAGUUCCAUCGACUUUAAUGCAGCUGCAGAUCACAUUUACUGGGUUGACGCCCAGUCUAAUUAUGUGUCCCGAGUGAAACGAGAUCUCACUGAACGGGAUACCAUCGUCCACCAGGAAAUUCGUGGCAUCCAAGGAAUAGCUGUGGACUGGAUAUCAGACAACGUGUACUGGACCGACUUCGGCUCCGAUGUGAUUGAAGUUGUCAGACUGAGCAAUGUUGACCAUCGCUUUGUCGUCAUUCAUGGCAACAUGAACAACCCUCGGACUAUUGUUGUUCACCCUGUAGCUGGGCUUCUAUUCUGGACAGACACAGGCAUUCAACCAAAAAUAGAACAGGCACGAUUAGACGGAACAAAGCGUAAAGUCCUAGUGGACACUAAUGUUACGGCACCCUACGGACUGGCCAUCGACUACGUCACAAACGUCCUGUACUGGUGUGACAACAGCCUCAACAAAAUAGAGGCCAUUCACAUAACCACUGGCAACAGGAAGCUCCUCCUAGAUCACGAUGUGGACAGCUGUGUAGCCUUGACCUUGUUUGAGGAUCAUGUCUACUGGCUAGAGGGGGAUGUCAUUGGAAAGAUCAAGCGUGCAAACAAAACGGAUGGCUCCAAUGUGGAGGAAGUAAAGACGAACCUGGGUCCGGACAUGCAGGAUAUCAAAGCUUACGACACACAACGACAACAAGGAGUAAACCCCUGUAGUGUGGACAAUGGUGGCUGCCAGGAGUUCUGUUUCCAUGUUGGGAACAGUGUUGUCUCUUGUAACUGUUCCUAUGGCAAGGUGGGCAGUGACGGCAAGACUUGUGAAGGUCAUGACUCGUUCCUGCUCUUCUCAAAAGUGACACACAUCGUAAGCAUUAGUCUAGACGAGCACAAUCCAAACCUCCCAAUGAAGAUGAUCACUAACUCGGAUCAUCUCCGUAAUGUGAUUGGUCUCGCCACUGAUUACAAAUCAAAGCGUAUAUUCUUCAGUGACAUCCAGCGCGGGGACAUACAGUAUGUCCACUUCAACAGUUCCGAUUUCUACAUCGUAGUGGAGGGAGUGGGUUCAGUGGAGGGUCUAGCGUACGAGGGGUUCAGCAACUACCUGUACUGGACCAGUUACACAAACUCAUCCAUCAGUCGGGCCCACAUCUCGGAGAAGGACGACCCCCUACACAACACCACGGUGGAGAAGAUUAUACAGCUCGGCGUGUUUGAUCACCCGAGGGCCAUCGCUGUCGACAGCUGCUCUGAUCGAUUGUUUUGGACAAACUGGCACGAUGAACAACCAAAGAUCCAGAGGGCUUUCCUGAAUGGUUACAUGCCCGAGUCAAUAAUCACGGAGGAAAUCUGGACACCUAAUGGGCUGACCAUUGACCAUGUUGAACAACAACUGUACUGGUCAGAUGCCAGGCUGGACAAGAUUGAGCACUGUGACUUUGAUGGCAAAAACAGGAAGGUCGUGGUGUCUGCCAUGCCGGAACAUCCAUUCAGUCUGGCGGUGUACGGUCAGUAUAUCUACUGGACAGAUUGGAUUCGCCGUGCCGUGAUGCGGUCAAACAAAUACGAUGGCGGCAAUGUGUUCUGGAUGAAGCGUGACCUUGAGCGCCAACCAAUGGGGAUCACAGUUGUAGCGGAGGAUGCCAAUAACUGUACGAUGAGUCGCUGCUACAAUCACAAAUGUGAGAACAACUGUUCGGUGAUCAACGGGCAUGCCCAGUGUGUAUGUGGCAAGGAUCUCUUCCUGUUACCAGACGGUCACCGCUGUGGACCAGCUAACACGUCCUGUGGAAUAACAGAUUUCGUGUGCCACGAUAAGAAGGCCUGUAUAUCUAUAGAGAAGCGAUGUAACAAGUUCAACGACUGUUUUGAUGCUAGUGACGAGCACACGGAUGUGUGUACAAACAAGACAUGUGCUCCUGGCCUUUUCACCUGCUCGAACUUCAUGUGUGUACACAUUGAGAAGUUUUGUGAUGGUAAGGUAGACUGCAGCGAUGGUUCUGAUGAGGCCAACUGUACGUGUCAGGGCGAUCAGUUUCAGUGUCAGAGUGGCCUCUGUAUCCAACGCCAGUAUCGCUGUGAUCGUGACAUGGACUGUCCGGAUUGGGACGACGAAGUUGGUUGUAACAUGACGUGUAAAAACCUGGAGAUGUUCGAAUACGAGGGCGGCGUCGUCUCCUGUAACACGACGUCCCAGUGUAUCCUGUUGUCAUGGAUCUGUGAUGGAAACAGAGACUGUUGGGAUGGCAACGAUGAAAACUAUUGUGACAACUCAACAAAAGAUGGUGCCUGUGAUGACGACGGAUUUAAGUGUAAGUCGUCUGGAGCCUGUAUUCCGCACCAAUGGGAGUGUGAUAACGACAAUGAUUGUGGUGACAACUCUGACGAGAAACAAUGUAACUACACCUGUGAGAGUCACAUGUUCCAGUGUAACGAAUCUAAGAUGUGUCUGCCGCGGUCGUGGGAGUGCGACGGACACCCUGACUGUGCUAACCAUAGUGACGAGGGCAGUCACUGCAAGACCACCAACAGGACAUGCCAAGAAUCUGAGUACCUGUGUGAAGGGACGGGGCGCUGCAUCCCCAAACAGUGGAAGUGUGACGGGGACAUCGACUGUCCCAACGGGGAGGAUGAACGUAUCGAGAAUGGAUGUCCUCCUGCUCACUGUAAACGGGACGAGUUCAUGUGUAAGAAUCGGCGUUGUAUACGAAAUAUCUUUGUGUGUGAUCGGGAUGAUGACUGCGGAGACAACAGCGAUGAACCAGUGUCCUGUGUAUUCCAUGCCUGCAAACAAGACCAGUUUCCAUGUAAACAGAAUGGGACAUGUAUUUCUAAAAAUCUCACUUGUAAUGGUUUCCCGGACUGUCCCGACCAUUCAGAUGAGGCCAACUGCACCGUGGCGCCACCUUGUGGAUCUGAAAUGUCAUUCAAGUGUGACAACUCCAAUUGUAUACACAUAAAUGAUGUGUGUGACGGCAAGGACGACUGUGGCGAUUUGUCGGACGAAGCUGAAAAUUGCCAUAUCAACGAGUGUUCUCCCCAUCAGUUCAUGUGUAGUCAGAAUUGCACUGAUCUCAAAAUUGGUUACCAGUGUUCAUGCUACGCUGGCUACAAACUCAGAAGCGACGGCAAGACAUGUCAGGAUAUAAAUGAGUGCCAGUCACUGUACCCAUGCUCCCACUUCUGUACCAACAUGCCGGGUAGCUACUUCUGCAGGUGUGCAGAUGGAUACCUCUUGGCUGAGGACCGUCAUUCCUGUAAAGUGCAUGGAGCGGAGCAGCCAUUCUUGAUCGUAGCAAAUCGGUAUUACUUGAGACGGGUGAGUUUAUCUGGCAUUGAGGAGAAAAUCACAGAGAACCUGAACAAUGCGGUGGCCAUCGGCUUCAGUUACCAGGAUGAAAUGGUGUACUGGACGGACAUCACUAGCAAGUCCAGCUCCAUCAACAGAAUGAAGAUAAUUAACGGAACCAAGGAGGUGAUUCACAGUUCCACGGUGAGAAAUCCGGAUGGUCUGGCUGUCGAUUGGGUCGGCAAAAACCUCUACUGGUGUGACAAGACCACAGAUACCAUUGAGGUUUCAAAAUUGGAUGGAAAAUAUCGUAAAGUGUUGAUCCGGGAGGGUCUUGAAGAGCCACGUGCCUUGGAGGUGUUCCCCGCUAAGGGUUUCAUGUUUUACACGGACUGGGGCGAGAAGCCACACAUCUCCAGGUCCUAUCUUGACGGAUCAGACACACAGAAAAUUAUUACACAGGAUCUGGCUUGGCCUAAUGCUUUAACAAUCGACUAUGUGACUGAAAAGAUUUUCUGGGCUGACGCCAGUUUAGACUAUAUCGCCAUGGCUAAUUUGGAUGGUACAGCAAGACACAUGAUUAUAGAUCGGGAGCUUCCUCACACUUUUGCCCUAACGACUUUCAUGAAUUAUAUUUACUGGACAGACUGGGAGAAAGGCUCAAUCGAGAGGGCGGAGAAAUUCACUGGGAAAAAUCGUUCAACGGUUGCAGUAGUGAUUCAUCGCCUCAUGGACAUUCAGGUGUACCACAAGAUGAGGCAGGUAGAAAUGCAUCCCAACCCGUGUGAAAACAAUGGGGGCUGCAGCCAUCUUUGUUUACUUCGGCCUGUGCCAAAACCCAUGGCCUACCUGUGGCUGAAUUCAGUGGAACGUGUUUGUGCCUGUCCAGAAAACCAUGACCUAUUACCUGAUGGAGUUAACUGCGUAUCAAACUGCACCAGUGCCCAGUUCCUGUGUACGGCCAGCUCCAAGUGUAUCCCAUUCUGGUGGAAAUGUGACGGUCAACAGGAUUGUGAAGACGGGUCAGAUGAACCAAGCACUUGCACGCCCUACAGGUGUAGUCGCCCAGGGUUGUUCCGAUGUAAAAACUCGCCAACCGAGUGUAUCCCACCGGUAGACAUCUGUGACGGCAAACCGCAAUGUUCUGAUGCGUCUGACGAACAAGAGUGUGACAAGUUCCACUGCCUGGCCGGGUUUAGGAAGUGUCCUGAUGACGAUGUUUGUGUCGAGGAAUCAAAGUUCUGUAACGGGAUACUUGACUGUCCCUCCAAGAUUGAUGAACAGAAUUGUACUUACAGUCAGUGCGAGGCUAACCAGUUCCAGUGUUCCAACAAACGCUGCGUUCCGUACGUCUGGAGGUGUGAUUCAGACAACGACUGCGGUGACGGGUCCGACGAACCUGCAGACUGUCGCAACAUGACAUGCAUGGAGGGAUACGUCAAAUGUGACACCGGGCGUUGUAUCCCGUCCGACUGGCAGUGUGAUGGGGACGUGGACUGCGGGCCGGAGGAUCACUCCGACGAGGACAACACUAGGUGUAGGGAAACAACGUGUGACCCAACCUACUUCCAGUGCGAUAACAAGCAUUGUAUCCCGUCACGCUGGAAAUGUGACUUUGACAAUGACUGUCGUGAUGGGUCGGAUGAGAAGAAUUGUUCUCACCGCCAGUGUUCACAGCAGGAGUUCAAGUGUAAUAACAACAAGUGCAUACCACAGAGCUGGAAAUGUAACGGAGAGAUGAAUUGUGAGGACGGAAGUGACGAAGAAGGAUGUUCAGGCCUGGACUGUAAUAAGGAUGAGUUUAAGUGUGCAGGAAUCUGUGUUCCCAAUAAGUGGAUGUGUGACGAAGAUAUAGACUGUCCCGACGGUUCAGACGAACGCAACUGUAGCAGUUCGUGUCUAGAGGGUAAAUUCCUGUGUGAAAACAAAGAAUGUAUACCCGAACUGUGGCAAUGUGACGGUGACAACGAUUGCGGAGAUAACUCUGACGAAAUUACGAACAUGUGUAUGAAUCACCAGUGUCCUUUGGGCAGAUUCCGUUGUAAAAAUCAUUUAUGUCUGGCCAAGUCCAAACACUGUGACGGGAUUGACCAGUGCGGAGAUAAAAGCGACGAGGAAAAUUGUUACUAUGACACUAUAUGUCAUGGGCGGAGUUACAGGUGUGCUAAGAACGACAGGUGUAUCCCCAUACACCAGGUGUGUGAUGGUCAGUACAACUGUCUCGACCAUUCUGACGAGAAAUCGGACUUCUGUAAACCAGAGAACAUCAAGCCGACAUGUGGGAGGAAUGCCUGCCAGCAAACCUGCGUCAAUAUCACAGGUGUGGGGUACAAGUGUUCCUGUAAGAGGGGCUACAAACUCACUGACGACGGAUUCUCUUGUAAAGCUGUGGACCUGUGUAAGCUUUGGGGUACGUGUUCUCAGAGCUGUAAACUCGACCCUAACAAUCCAACGACAAACUGUUCCUGUGAUGACGGCUACACCAUGUGGACUGACAAUGUCUCACACCGCCCCACAUGUCAUGCUGAAGGUCCCAAGCCUCAGCUGCUGAUUGCACACGAGAGGGAGCUGAUCCAAUCUGACAUCGGCUUUGGUGGACAAAAACAGUCUCUGAUGACGAGUGAAAUGGACAAGAUCCUGUCUAUUGAUGUGGACAUGACACACUCCUUGUUGACAUCCUCUACGCAAUGGACUGCCUUCAUCAUCAGCCACGACAAAACGCUGAAGAAAAUGACCAUUGAUGCCCAAUGGGCCGGGAUCAACAUCCCGAACAAGAAAACUAAGCCUGGUAACACGCGAACACGUCGUAGCAGUUUAGAUCUGAAGGCACAGCUUCCUGUGAAGUUUGUAGAUCUGGUAGCCGACCCUCAGGGUAUUGCUGUAGACUGGGUCGCGAAACGAAUCUACUGGACCGAUGCCGGAACUCGCACUGUAGAAAUGACAGAUUAUGAUGGUGUUCGUAAGAUCACGGUGGUGAGCUCUGGAUUGGACCAACCCUACUCCAUCGCUGUGGCACCAGAAGCAGGGAAAUUGUUUUGGACAGACAGAGGUUUCCCGCCAAAGAUUGAAACUUCAAAUCUUGAUGGAAGUGGGCGCAAAGACCUGGUGAAAGAUGAUAUAGUAUGGCCGAAUGGUUUGGCCAUCGACCAGGCCAAUCACAGACUGUAUUGGACAGACACCAAGAAACACACCAUAGAAACCAUUGGUCUCAAUGGCGACGACCGACAAGUCGUCUGGCAGUUUGAGGGGACGGAGGAUCCUCCUUUCAUGCUUGACGUGUUCGAAGAUUACCUGUACGUCACAUUGUAUCGGUCACACUCCAUCAUACGCAUGCAUAAGUUUGGUCGCAAAUUCAUGAACUGGACAGAUGUUCUACUGACCAACAUCACUUUUAUAGGGGACAUCAUUAUCCUCCAGCCAAUCAAACAGAAGAACUCCAUUGUGAAUUACUGUCACUCCAAUAAUACACAUGACGGUCCUUGUUCCGGUGCCUUCUGUGUCAAUAUGCCACAACAGAUAGCACUUGAAGCACAAGCACCCAAGUUCAAGUGCCUGUGUCCAAAUGACGCUGUGUUUGAGGAUGGAAAGUGUAGUUUUAGGAAAUCUUGUGAGCCGGGAUACUGUAAAAAUGGCGGGAGCUGCCACCCGCAACUAAAUGGAAACUCCAAGUGCAGCUGUCCAGCUGGUGUGACAGGAGACCGCUGUGAGAAGUGUGACGAAUCCUACUGCCAGAAUGGUGGUCAAUGCAUUGUAACAGGGUCCACCUUCUCCUGCAACUGUAAAGGAGGAUUCACCGGCCCGCGCUGUGGCACUGAUGUGUGUAUAGGCUACUGUGAUAACAACGGCCAUUGCUCCUAUUUGCCAAACGGAAAUCCAAAAUGCGUGUGUCGCCAUGGGUUCACAGGUGCUACGUGUCAGAGCUGUACCGAUGACAGCUGUACGAACGGCGGGACAUGUCAGAUUGUGGGCGGUUCAGUAUCGUGUCUGUGUCCGGAAGGGUUCAGCGGCAAUAAGUGUGAAACUGGCACAAACUCCUGUCAGGACUACUGCAAGAACGGAGGCACAUGUGAUCCAAACUCAAACGCUGUGGAUGUCAAAAACACAGAGAGGUACAUCUGCACUUGUACGUCUGACUGGAGUGGGCAACGCUGUGAACAGCCCGCCCAUGGAUGUGCAGGCUACUGUCAAAAUGGUGGCGACUGCAACAUCGUCCAGGGGGAGCCUAACUGUAACUGUACAGGAAUAUAUGAAGGGGACACGUGUGAAACCUGCCAGUGCCAGCAAGGAAGUUGUGAAAAACUGGAUAAUGGCAAGGCUGUCUGUGUAUGCAACAAGAAGUGGAAGGGAGUUCUGUGUGCGGAGAGUAUCUGUGACACUGACUGUUUCCAUGGCGGCCAGUGUCAGGAUUGUUACCUUGGUGACGACCAUGUAGCGGCUUGUAACAGCUGUUUGUGCACUGCAGGUUUCCACGGUGACCAUUGUGAAAAGGGCCUUGAGAAACAAGCACAGGCAGACAGUGUCCUCAUUCCCAUCCUCAUCCCUAUAAUCGCCAUCUUCCUAAUCCUCAUCCUCAUCGUCAUCGCUCUUGUUGUCCGAAAAAAGAGGGACCAGUUUAAGCACCGCCGAAUGAUGAACAACUCCAAUCUGGAGGUAGCCAAUCCUAUCUAUCUCGCGCAGUCGCAGGAGGGCGACGAACACGACGAUCGCGAUAUGUCUCCUAUGCAGGUCUACGACGAGGAUGGCGACGACUCGACCAACUUUGCCAACCCGAUGUACAAUCGUCUCUACACGAGUGACAGCACACAGGUAUUGCUUCCACGGGACAUGGACAAUAACGAACCCUUCGACGAAAACGGAGACAUACAUUUCUACGGAAACAAAAAAGACAAAACAAAUGGGAAGAUAGCCUACGCAUAAUGAUGUGCUUGUGUCUGCCGUACACAGACUUGUUUGCACAGACAACAUUCCUUGUGAUAGCUUGUGAGGUGUCACUCGGUUACAUUCCUGUGAUGUGUUCACUUCUACACCCUCACACUAAUGAGCCUGCACCAAGGUCUGCGGACCAACCCAAGUGUUCGUCAGGGUGCCUGGUGCCUUGUAGGCCUUACUGCACUUCUUUAUGAAACAGAGGAGUUCCCUGAAAGGAAAAGAGGCCUCUAAUUCUUGUAGAGUGAAUAAGUGAAGAAGGAUGAAUGCUUUUCUGAGGAUACCAACAGUAUGGAAACUUACCUGCUGCUGUUGAGUUGGUAUGGUGAAGAAGAUUGUCUGUGUGUAUAAAUGUGAUAUUUUUAGCGUGAAUUUAAAGAUUCACAACGUGACAUGUCGUCCUGGGCUACAGGAUAAGGACACAAAUACUCCUCACAUUUAAACAAGGGCAAUUAGACAUAAGUUGUCGAGGAGUACUCAAAAUAUUUUGCCUUCAGCCAUUUUUGUUUCCACCUGAACAUCAAUGACUUCAAUUUUGUUUGUGCAAUGCACUAUAAAAAAAAUUGUCAAGGUGAAUGUGAAUAACAGUGGCUAAAGUUGUCCUUUCUCCCGGAGAUGGAAGCAAAGGGAGAUAACUGUGACACCUGCUUGAGAUGUAGUCUGCCUUAUAUUAUGUGUAUAUCCAUUGCUUCAAAAAGAUAACAUAUUUUUGUAGCCCAAACCACUUAAAUUAAGAAUCCAUACUGCACAUUAUUCCAAAUGUUUUUAAAAUGUUUUCCAUUUACAUUAUAUCAAAAUAUUUUUACUGUGUUAUUUUUAUUAUGUUUGAAUUAACUUAGAUAUAUUAGUUAUCAGUCUGUGUAUGUAGAUAUAUAUAUAUCAAGUGAUGAAUUAACAAAAGUACUUUGUUGUGAAAGAUAAUUCAAAAGUCGCUAGUGUGAUGUUUCCGACCACUAUACAUGUGUACUGGGGACAAGGGGUUGUUACAGUGAUGGUCAGUUUUGGUUAUCUCCCUUUUCUCACCAUGUUUCUUGCCGUUGGUCCAGUUUAUCACUGACUUAUAUAUAAAAAGGUUACUUAAUAUCUUCACCAAAUUACCUCUACCAUCAGGUCCAACUUCUGCCGAAUCAAACGCAACCUCAUUGUGAGUUAAUAACAUAGAAUUAUUGCUCCAACAAAAUUGUUUUUUUCGUAUAUUCCCUUUAACUCAUUCACCCCUGAAAUUCUGUAAUGAACCAAUCCAAUCUUUGAAUUGUGAAUGUGUCUUCAGGGUUGAAUAAGCUGUAUUUUGUACCGAAUUUGAAUACCAUCAAAGAACUUGUUUUUGUGUACUCGCAAGUUAUGCAAUAAAACACAAUAUACGGAAAUUUUAAAAAUGCAUUCCUAGUUAAGCGGAAUUGUUAAAGCACAGAAAACAACAAAGAAAGACUGUUGCCAAAAUAUUUACAUACACUUACAGUAUUCUGGUAUUUAACAUGUUGUUUUAGAUAUAUCAGUGCUGUUAAUUACAAUUUCAAGUACUUUCUAAUUUUCCUGGUGGUAGAGUUAUGUCCCUUUUAACCCCUUUGUUGUAGCACAUCCGCAGUAAUUUUUCUGACUAAUUGACCGUGUGAUCCAAUAUUCUCAGUAAAUAACAUUAAUAAUUUUUAUUAAACUUUGUUGAUUAAAUACAACCAUUUCAAGUGAAAGCAUAGACAUUCCUGUGUAGUUUAAUUUGGGGAAAAUAUUCGAAAAUGAUUCGAUAAUAUUUAAAAAAUUAAUUAAAAGGAAAUUAAAUGUUCUAAAAACUGUCUUGAUCCAUUAUAAGUAUUAGGUCUUUUUCUUUCUGAUCAGGUCAAGGUCGAAUGGUAGACUUCAUCGUUUGUAAACAUGUUGUCACGGUAAGCCGUGGAAUGAAUACAAGUUAUAUCACGAUAACAUUUAUAUAGCUGUCAGUUAGUCAGAGUAUAACAUUUAAAACAAAUCUUAUUAAUUAGUUUCAUUUGAUUGAAUCAUUUGUUUGUUCACUGUCAACAAACGUGUAUGUAAAGUACUGUGGUUCUGUAUUGUUUGUAAAUUGAAUUAUUUUAGGAAAUUCUUAUUUCACUUCAUUUAAAUGCAUAUUUUUAAUUACGAGUUGUUAGCCCACAUGAAAACGAGCAUUGCUUAUCUUGAAUGUGUUGUGCAGUUAUGGAUUUUUCUUCUUCACACAAGACAUUAUUUAUAAGUUUUUGAUGGAAGUCAUUUCUCUACCAGGGCUAAUAUUAGCCUCAAAUCUACUGAAUCUAAUGAUUUGUGACGUUGUUGGAAGGAUUAUGUGGAUACUGCUAAAUAAUCACAAAGGGUUACAUUGCACAAACUUCAGUGAGCACAGUGAUGGAUUAUCACAAGGCUCACUCUUGUGAGGAUUGCAUAAGUGGGGCUAUAGCUGCAAAAAAUGGACUGUAGCAGGCUUGCUGCAAAAGAUGGACUGUAGUGAGCUUGUUGUAAACGAUGGACUGUAGCAGGCUACCUGUACAAGAUGGACUGUAGUGAGCUUUUCGCAAAUGAUUGACUGUAGUGGGCUAGCUGUAAAAGAUGGACAGAAGUGGGCUGCUGUAAGAGAUGAACAGAAGUGGGCUUGCUGUAAAAGAUGGACUGUAGCAGGCUACAUGUAAAAGAUGGACUGUAGCAGGCUACCUGUACAAGAUGGACUGUAGUGAGCUUUUCGCAAAUGAUUGACUGUAGUGGGCUAGCUGUAAAAGAUGGACAGAAGUGGGCUUGCUGUAAGAGAUGAACAGAAGUGGGCUUGCUGUAAGAGAUGCACUGUAGCGGGGUUGCUGUAAAAGAUGCACUGUAGCAGGCUUACUGUAAAAGAUGGUCUGUAACAGGCUUGCUGUAAAAGAUGGACUGUAGCAGGCUACAUGUAAAAGAUAAACUGUAUUGAGCUUUUUGUAAAUGAUGGACUGUAGUGGGCUAGCUGUAAAAGAUGGACAGAAGUGGGCUUGCUGUAAGAGAUGAACAGAAGUGGGUUUGCUGUAAGAGAUGCACUGUAGCGGGGUUGCUGUAAAAGAUGCACUGUAGCGGACUUGCUGUAAAAGAUGCACUAGCUGUGUAGCGAGGCAUGCUGAAAAGGCUCAACUCUUGGUGAACUUGACUAUAGCGAAGGUGACUUGUUGUGAAGUGCAGAGAAAUGGUGAGGAUGCUCGCCAUGAUGUGUAGAGGAGUGACAAAUAUAUAUGUGAAUUGUACAAAUAUAACUUGUGGAGCAUGUCUUUGUGAUAACAUAUACAUUCAAAUGGUUGUGAUGAGAAGAUAAUCAAUGUAUAAUUGUGGCAUUCCAGUGUCAGUGACUUUAUGUGUUUUGUUUGAUAAGCAAGGGAAAUCUGUUUUUAAAUAUUUUAUUUUAAAAUAAUGAAUUUUUAGUGUCGUUUUAAACUGCACAUUUAUAAGGACUCUCACAACUAAAUGAACCUACUUAUUAGGCAUGCCUGUGUAACAGAUAUAGUCAUACAAAUUGAAUUACCAAAAAGUUGAAUAGAUAAUGAUUCUUUCAAUAAUGUAAAAAAAAUUAAGUUUCUUUAAAAAAAAAUGAAUAUAUUGUUUGGUUGUUUCGGCCUCAUUUUUGAAAGAUUAAGGGACAUAGCUCUAUCCAAUCUGACAAAAGAAAAUGACUUUUUGUACUCUCCCAGAGGGACACAAGUCUAGUCUGGCAAAGUCAAUGACUUAGGUGUGCGAGUCUCAAUAAAUGUACAAUUAUUGUGUUAGUAAGAAAUUUAUUGAAAUUAUUACAUGCGAGAGCAAUGCUGGGGUUUUAACAUUUCAAAAUGAUCUGUUGACCCUAUCCUAUUUGAAAGCUAAUAACCAAAAUAACCUUUCUUUGAUAACAUGAAUGAAUAUCAGUUUAAUCCAUGUUUCUAUAUACAAAGGGUAAAUAGAGUAUGACUUAAUUAAGUAACUAGAUACAUAUCUGAAUAAAGUUUAGAAUUUCACAGUUAUAUUAACUUGAAUCUCAUUUUUAUCUGACGUAAAAUUACAUCACUAUACUUUGCAUUUAUGGCCUAUAGACACUGCAUGUUAUAACUCACUUUUUUCAGUAUUUGCUAUAUUUCUUAAAACAUAGAAGUGAUGUUAUAAUUCGUAUCUUUCACUGGUAAUUUUGCAUCACUAUUUGUGUGGUUUAAGCUGGCAUUUUCCUUUUUUUCUCUCGAAAAUUGAUUGAAUCAGAACUUGUGUUAUAUCAUGAGGUUGAACAGAUUUUAGGAAUCGGAGCUCCUAAACCACUUGUAUGAUGACACCUAGAUUAUUUUUUCUAAUUUAAAUUUCUGCUAAAUCCAACUGUAAAAAUAUGUUCUGUAUUUUUGUGUGUGAAAACGACCAGUUACAAAAGAUUAAAUGUAUUUCAUUUGUGUUGUUAUAUAAAUAUAUAAUUCCAAAGUCAUUUGUAUUAAAUGUGUUUCAAUCAUGAAUUCCUUAUGUGUGUCUAUUUUUGGAAAAAGGUGCUUCGAUUUAUCUGCUUUAUGUAUUUGAUUGUAUUGAGUGAUCGAUUGUGUUUGACAAUUGUUUUACAAAAAAAAUUGUACAUCUCUAAGAUUGUUUCAUUUAGAGAAAAAGGCAAUCGUUAACUUAUGGAGGGAAAUUAUAAUAAAUAUACAUAAAUUUACAUAAAUUAAUUUACAUAAAUUUACAUUUAAAUAAACGAAAAAAAUAAUUCCAAACUUAGCAUAAUCUAAAAUUACAAAUUGGCUGAAAAAAACCAACAAGUUUCUCGUAAUGUUUAUUCAAAUAUUUAGUAACAGAUGGUUUUGAUCAUCAUAAUUUAAAAAAUAUGAAAAUAAAUAUUAACAAGGCAGGAUGUGAAAAAGGGAGCCGGCCACGAUUUCUGUCAAAGGUAUAAUGAUGGAGAUUUCUUAAUCAGGUUAGAAAUUAUUUGUUCAUGUUGGUGUAAAUGUAAAGGUACAGAUGGGGAGAAAUUGACCUUAUGAGUUGUAUACAAGAACAGUUGUGAGGUAUUUCAUGAUUAGGAUCAUAUAUUAACAUGUAUUCUGAUUAAGUAUAACUAUCAUCGAUGUAUAAAUCCCAGAUGAGGACUUAUUUCAUAUGCCAUCACCUGCAUUUCAUGUUGUCGAAUAACCAUGUCGUCAUCCAGUCUCUGUGUACAUUGAAACAUUGAUUUAUAACCACUGGUUUCAUAUUUUUUGCCGAUUUCUGUACUUCCUUCGUAUUUCAAUGGCUCUUUCACAUUUGCCAAAACGAGGCCAGACAAACGGUGACAGAAUUAUUGUUAUAUACUUCACUGAGUUCUAUCACGUUCUUUCAUCUUUAUUGUGAUCCUCUCUUUAAACAUCUUAAUUACAAUACAGUCAAACUUUGAUGUUUCGAACUUUGUGGGACCAUCAAGAAAAAUCUGAAACAUCGGGACUUCGACUGGCGAAUGUUGAACAUCCACCAUCGAGGUCAUGUACAUGUACAUAAGACAAUGUGAUUUUCACGUGAUAAAACACAGGCUAAGAAAUUUGAUUUUAAAUCGAUACCAAGGACUAUGUAUGAUUUGGCCCAGUUUUGUUCUGUGGAAUUGGAGCGCAUAUUUUAUUCCCCCUUGUCAAAAUCGGACAGAUUUGAUUUAUGUUUUUAUCAAACCAUCUGUCUGAAACAAUAUAUUGAAAUGGUUUUUUUGGUGGUUUUUUAAUGUCAAAUUGUAUUACAGAGCCUGAUUGUUGAAAAUGUGAUUAGUCUCAUGGUAAAUCCAGGCAAAACUGCAAUUGCCAGGUUUCAAAAAAUAAGAAGUCAAAAUCAAAAUGUCAUCCCUUCUAAAUAGUCAUCGGAAGACUUAAAGUCCUUGAUUGUUUUGCAAAUUUCAAAUGGUCUCGAAAAAUCGUAUUUUUGAAAAUUUACAUUAACAACUCGCUAUAAAUCAUUUUUAACUAGCAAAGUUUUAAGCAGCCAGGUACUGAUUGCUAUUUCUGUUGGAUAUUUCAAGUAAUUUUCAAGAUGUUUUGAAAACUAAUGAUGAAAAGCUGCCAAAAGAAAAUGAUCAAAAGCAUGUUUUUGACAACGAAUUUUCGCUUUUACAAAUACAUUGUUUUCUGAUGCAGGUUGUCGGGUCUACAUACAGCAGGGAGUUGCAAAUUGGGUUUUAUUGCGAUUUUAAUUACAGUAUUAUCUCUGUUGUCAUGGUAACAAUGUUGUAACAAUUCGAUUGAUGAUGCAUUUUUUUAAAUAGUACAACCUUGCUUUUGUAAUUGAUAGUAUGGUAAAAAUGGAAUCCGAAAAUUGAGUAUUGUUCCGGUAAAGAUGGUGUCAGUGUUACUAUUGUAACGAUGAUUUCAGUGUUGCCAUGGUAACAAUGAAUUCAGUGUUAUUUUGAGCAAUUAUGUAAUGCUAUUGUAGCUGUUAUGUCACAAUUAACAAUGCUGACAAUAGUCCUUACUGUAAAAAUAACGGUGACAGUUUAUGCUAGAACUGAUGACAAUAGUGUUGACAGUAAAAAUUGUAAGAAGAACCCUUGUUAUUUCCAGGUAUUUCUGAUGGUAAACAAUUGCACUAUUAAUAGUCUAUGAUACUACCAGAUAUAGUGUUUGUCCCCUACAGAACGGCUGUAGAAUAUAUAUACAAAAAACUAUUUUAUCCACCAGAACGGCUGUGUGCAGUAAUAUAAACCACCUUCGUUAUCAAUCAGUACGACUGCGCAAUCGCGAACCGCCGGCACUUUUCAUUUACGGAAAGAGCCGAUGGUUCCCGAUUGUACGGCAAUGUAAUCGGAGACCCAUAUACAAUACAAAUACAAUGUAUAAAGACAGGUCUAUGUUAUUAUGCAACACGCCCACACCUUUAUUCUACAGUAUGUCUAAGUGAGGUUUUAAUAUUUAUCCAGCGAUACGGCUGUGUGAAGUUCCAUAUACUGUUGCAAUGUUUUAAAUCAAAAUGACUUGUUUUUAUUGUUGAAAGUGUUGUUUUAAUCCUAGUUGACAAAUACGUUUUGUUAUGCUGAUAAAUGUAUACGAUAGAUAAAGAAUGACCAAAAUGUACAUAUCAGAGUUUUGUGUAUGAAUACUAAAUACGCAUAUUCUACUUCAGUUUCAUAUUGCAGGCCGUGAUCUUACAUUGAUGGAAAGACAAAUAAAUUAUUUUGUUACCUUAUUUAUGAACCAAGUUAUAUUGUCUUCACUGUAGUAAACUUGAUAACAUGACUGUAAGAUACUGAUUAAGUUGGAUUAUUUGUUAUCCUAUUUCCAUUCUCUGUUACUAUAAAAGUGGUUAUUAUAUCGGUGUGGAAAGCUGGCGUUAUUUUGCGUUGAGUAAAUUUGCGCGAAAAUAUCCACACGCAAAUAUAUAUCUAUACACAGGCAUAUAGAUAAAUGUAUAGAUUUCAAACCAUUGUCAUCGUGGAAAUAUCCAUACCGCAGUCAGUUUAACUCAUUCACCCCUGAAGACACAUUUGAACUCUUCCAAUUCAAAGGUUUGAAUAGUUCAUUAUGAAACUUCAGGGGCGAUUGAGUUGAAGAGUCACAACGCGAACAUUUCCACACGCCAGAAUUUCCACUUUUACAGUAAAGGAUUUUUCUUUUAUGACAGUUAAGGUAUCUACACUACACAGAUCUGUGAUGCCAAACUGUGAAAAAAUGAUCAAAAUAGUUCAUUUUCAUUUCAUUCAUCCACCUCAUCAUUCAUCCAUCAUAACGAAACCAAAGUUCCAUAUUCGUACUUCCAUGCUUUGUAAGAUAUACGUAAAUAUGAUAUUUUCAAAAGAAAAUGUUUAUUUCAUGAUUGUCAUUUGACACAAAUAAAGCCAUUUUAUGAUAU